AUGGCUGCUUCUGGGGCUCACAUCCAGCGUCUCCGUGAUGAAGCCACUUGCUCCAUCUGCCUGGAAUAUUUUAAGGAUCCAUUGACCAUCCCAGAGUGUGGGCACAACUUCUGCCGGUCCUGCUUGGUCCAGUACUGGGGGGAAUCAGAGGCAGAGGCUUCCUGCCCUCAGUGCAGAAAAACAGUCCAGAGAAGGAGCCUCACCCCCAACCGGCAACUGGCUAACAUGGUAGAAAUAGCCAAGAAUUUCAGCGUUCAAGGAGGGAAAGAAGACAAAAGAAAAGGAGGAGUCUGCGAGGAGCACCAGGAGCCCCUGAAGCUCUUUUGCAAGAAAGAUGAAGCCCCCAUCUGUCUGGUGUGUGACAGAUCAAAGGAGCACAAACACCACGAGGUGAUUCCUCUGAAGGAGGCUUUCGAGGAAUACAAGGGAGAGAUCUGUCGCUGCCUGGAGAUUCUGAGGAAAGAGAGAGAGGAAAUUCUGGCGUAUCAAGCAGACCUGGAGAAGGAAAGCAAAGACCUCCUUAAAUUGACAGAAACAGAGAGGCUGAAGACUGUGGAGAAGUUCAGAGAACUGCGCCAAUUCCUGGAAGAACAAGAAAAGCGUCUGCUGAAUCAUGAGGAAGAGAUGGAGAAGGAGAUUGCAGGGAGAAGGGAUGAGCAGCUGACCAGACUCACCAGGAAACUCUCCUCUCUUGAGAAGAUCAUCCAGGAGAUGGAGGAAAAGUGUCAGCAGCCAGCGAGUGAACUCCUGCAGGAUGUGAGAAGCACCUUGCAGAGGUAUGAGAAAAGAGAGAGUCCAGAGAAGCCACUGCCUUUCCCUCCAGAACUGAGGAACCAUAACUUGGAAUCCUGUGAUCUAAAUCAUCUUGUGGAGAAUACAAUAAAACAUUGGAAAGAUGCUCUGUUAUUCAGAAAACAGAUUCAGAAAGAUGUCCAGUCAUUCAGAAAUCUCCAGAGAGCAAAUGUGACUCUGGAUCCAGACACAGCCCAUCCUGAACUCAUCCUGUCCAAGGGCCGGAAAAGCGUGAGAUUGGGAGACAAAAAGCAAGUCCUGCCCAAAAAGCCUGAGAGAUUCAACUACUGGCCUUGUGUGUUGGGAUGUGAGGGAUUCACAGCAGGCAGACAUUUCUGGGAAGUCAAUGUGGGAAGUGGGGAAGGGUGGGUUGUGGGGGUCGCCAGGAAGUCUGUGAAGAGAAAGGGCAAGUAUUCCUUUGGGCCUGAGGAAGGGAUCUGGGCUGUGGAGAAGUGUGAAGGCAAGUACUGGGCCUUGACCUCCCCUGACUCUGAUCUGUCCCUGAACGAGGAUCCCAGGAGGAUCCGGGUGACUCUGGACUAUGAAGGGGGACAUGUGUCUUUUUCUGACGCCAAGUCAGGAGCCGAACUCUACACUUUCUCAGGAGCCUCGUUCUCUGGAGAGACCCUCCUCCCUUUCUUUUAUCUGGGCAAAAAUGAAACCCACCUCAGUAUCUCCUGAGGAGACUAAAUCUGCCUCUCAGGCCCAGCAGGAGUUUCUCUCCAGACCAGAGUGACCGAUAUAAAAACCAUUUACCCACCAAGAGUACAUUGGGCAGCUUUUCAAAGGCCCUUUGAGAGGAUUCAUUCCAGUCAAAAUCAGCAGAAAUAACAAAACAAAAAUGGGUUGCUGUUGCUUUGCAUUUUCCUUCCUUUCCCCA